GCCAAGCAGGAAACUGGGCAUGGACAAACCCAUCUGCUGGCAUCCAGAGAAAGAAUUCCUUUGCAUACACAUCAGUUUUGUGAGAAGUCAGAAGAACCACACGCUGAUCUUCACUAAGGAAAACACAAUUCACAACUGCAGCUGUUCUGUGGCUAUCUGUGACUCAGAUCACUGCCUGGCAAACUUGAUGUGCAACUGCAAAACAGUGCUGCCCUCUACCAUGAAAAAUACCUACAACAGCCACCUGACCAUCUGGUUCACAGACACCUCUGUGCUGGAUAUGGUCCUCAACUUCACAAGUUGAGUGUGGGAUUUGAAGCUGUCCUUCUGUGGCACCACUCCUCUCCCAAUGGAAUAUUUGGCCAUUUGGGGACUUCGAAAGCUCCAGGUAAGCAAGGUCAAGGGACAAUUUCCAGAGCAGGGUGUAACUAUUUCCAGCAGCAGCAACAAUGACAAAGACUUUCUUGAGGUACACAACAAAGACAGGCAAAUGCUUGCACAUAUUUCUUGUCUGGAUACCUCAUUUUUCAAAGGAUAUUCAUUGCUGAAGUCAUACAGCGUGGAAAAUGUCUCUAGUAUCAUUAAGCAUUUUCCCAGCCUGCUGUACUCUGAUGUUUUCUCAACUUCAGACAAUGAGAGCUAUGUUGCAACAUUCAUUUACUGAGUUAUUUAACACCGUCAGUAGUGAGAGGCAUGGGAGGCUACUAAGAGUGAUAGGAUGCCUUUAAGUUUGUCUGGUUUGUCUAGGAGGAUGUGUUAGGGGACUGUGAGAGAACUCUACAAGGAGAUGUUUGAAGUAAGAGACUCAUCAGAUUAAUUCAGCAAAGUCUUUCUUAAAGAACAAAGUAAAUGUGAAACAACUAUUUUCCAAAGCAUUGUUAGAUUUAUUUUUUGUUUAUAUAUUCUAGGCUAACAAUUAAAAUCUGCAGAUAAAUUUUGUUUUAAGGCUGUGCCUCAACAGAAAAAGGCAUAAUCAUGUAGCUCCCAUUGCAGAAGAAUCCAAGCCCCCCCAUAGAAUCACUCAGGUUAGAUGGCAGCUCAGCAGGUAAAUUCAAACUGCUUUGCAAACUGCAAACUACACCCAUUACACUCAGAGAUUUACACUCAGAGAAACAGAGGUAUUGGACUUCCCUCUGUGAAAGAGGUAUUUCCCUGCAUCUGUCCUUUCUUCCUUAUCUCACAGUUAAUCUUUAUUUCCAGAUCACAGAAUACUCUGGGUUGGAAGGGACCCACAAAGAUCAUCAAGUUUAACCUUAAGUGAAUGGCCUAUAUGGGGAUUGAACUCAGGACCUCGCUGUUACUAGCACUCAGCCAAUCUCAGCAACACCUUUAGCGCAGUCCCCUGCUGUCAGCUCGACUGCUUCUGGGAUCAGACCAGGCAGCUCAGCAGUUGGGUCCUGAAAGCUCCCAAGGACGGCACCUGCACAAUCUCAUUGGGCAACUUUCUCCACUGCCUUGCCUUGUCGUCACUGGCAAGCUUUCUUCCAUAUAUGAACCUUAGCCUUCCCUUCUCCAGGCUGAGCAUGGCCAGUUCCCUAACACUUCUCUCACAAUCACAUGUGCCAGCCCCUGCCUGUCUUGGUGACUCUCCGCUGGACCACGUCAGCUGAUCCAUAUUUUUUCAGAGAAAGGCUGCCACCUGCAUGAUGGAUGUGCUGACACCUGCAAUUUCCCCAAAUGGAGGGAGCCUCAACUUUUGUGACAAUGGCAAAUUGCUCAUGUUCUCCCAUAUGAGAGAGCAGAAAUACUCCAUACAAUGACUCUCAUCUGACAAGGGAGGUGAGGCUUUGGGCAGACAAUUUUCAGAUGUGUUCCAUGAAAAAUGUUGUCAUCCCCUGAAAAACCUACACCAGGACUAUUAAAACAGCCCAAAGUCUGCUCCUUGCCCAUGUCUGCAGGUUUUGAAUUCUGUGAGAUAUGAUUAAGGCUGGAUCCAUCCAUACAGUACAAUAAAGGCUUUGAAAUAAGAUCCUUGCCAGCAAUGGAUUACAUUAAACUGAGAUAAAAUAUAAGAAAACUUCUGUCCAGAGAAGCUGUGUCUGCCCCGUAUCUGUGAGUGUCCAAGGCUAGGCUGGGUGGAGCUUUGAGCAACCUGGUCUAGUGGAAGGUGUCCUUGCCCAUGGCAGGGGGGAUGGAACUGGGUUAUCUUUAAGGGCCCUUCAAAU